AACGUCUGAAAAACACCUCUGCAGGUAACAGCACUCAUACUGGAUGGGAGGAGGGACUGCAGCAGCUGGUGCUGAAGCAGGAGUUACGGCACCAGGUGCUGGACAUCUGCUCCAAAUACCCUGGGCUCCUGGGACAGGUUGUCUCCAAAACACACAUGUCUAUGAUCCAUGUGGAGGACAAGUCCAGGCUGCUGUACUGUGAGGUUCCCAAAGUCGGCUGCUCCAACUGGAAGCGGGUGCUGAUGGUUCUGGCAGGCCGAGCCACCUCUGUACUCAACAUCCCUCAUGUGACGGCACACUUCAAAAACAAACUGCGGAAACUGGAGGAAUACGGCCCAAAGGGCAUCAACCAGAGGCUGAACACCUACACCAAGGUGCUGUUUGUUAGGGAUCCUUUGAGCGUGGUGUCAGCAUAUCGAGACAAGUUUGAGAAUAAAAACGAUUACUACCAUUCUCUGUUUGGACGGCCCAUCAUCUCCAGGUACCGCGCCACCUCACAAGAAGCCCUGCGCACCGGUGAUGGUGUCACCUUCAGGGAGUUUGUGCACUACCUGCUGGACCCGCAACGUCCAGUGGGGAAUGACAUCCACUGGGCAAAGAUGAGCACUCUGUGUCCACCUUGUGUGAUCCAGUAUGACUUCAUCGGCAAGUUUGAGAACAUGAACAGUGAAGCCAACUUCCUGCUGCGGAGCAUCGGAGCACCACAGAACCUCAGCUACCCCGACUAUAAGGACAGAAACCCUGAGGACGAGAGGACGCACUCCUCCAUCAUGAAGAAAUAUUUCUCCCAGCUGAACGCCACUGAGAGGCAGGGAGUCUACGACUUCUACCGCAUCGACUACGAGAUGUUUGACUUCCCCAAACCCCUCCAAGACCUGCACUAAGAACAAUGCUCUGAAGCCAUGUUGAACCUGGACCUCUUAAACAGCUGGACUCCUGGGAGCUCUCUAUUUACCCAUAAUGCAGCUGGUGUGACAGGAACAUGGCAUCCUGUUUGGUUUUAUUCUGAACAUACCUGACACCCCCCUGUGGACGUAAAGAUGUACUACAGUGUGUAUUUUCUUUGUCUUUUAAAGCCAUGAGGAGUGGAGCUGUUGGGUCUCUGACUCAAGGGAUUUGUCAAAUGUUUCACAUUUUCUAGUUUGAGAGAAAAGAAGCACCUUCAGCUUUGUUCCCUGUAAUGACUUCUGUUACAGUUUACACGUCCACAUUAAGAUGCCAGAUGAGCAGGAAGUCAGAGACAAAGUUUCACUGAACGGCUUCAACAUCAUUUAAUAGAAGUCUUUUUCCUCCAGACUCUGAACCCGAGCUGAAGGUUCACUUUGAGACACUGCAGUUUGAGUGUGAAACAGAAGAGGACGUGUUUCUCCUUCCUGUUUCGUAAUUUUCUCUUCACAAAAACUGUGUGUUUACAACCGUCUGUUACGAAGAGGAAGAAUUAAAGUUAGUCUUUUUAUUGAUCAGUCCUGAUGACCUUUGGACGACCUUGACGCCUUAACACUGCCAUCUCACCUGCAGCUUGACACCUGGGUUUGUGAUUAACAUACUUUACAUAAUGCUCGUCUGUUUAUAUCCUCAGAGAUGAGUUGAUUCAAACUGUUGUUUUCAAACUGCAGAUAAACAAGAAUCACAGAAAAGAUUAUUGGUUUGGGUUGUGGAGGUUGAACAUUUGACACAUUUAAAGAUCUGAUGUUUGUUUCUUACAUUGUAAGUUCUGAUUG